AUGAAAGCGGGCGAAGUACGAUUUUUUUCAUGCGUGUGAUAUUUCUUUCACCCAUUUUAGCUGCCAAUUUACAAGAAAUUUCCUGACGAGAAUACAGAAUAUGUCCUGACCCCGCGAGAAAAUUCUUCUCUUCGAAACUACCUUUUGAGCGCUAUUACACCCACCCGGAGAUCUAUCCAAGAAUGGUACACGACCGCCGAAGUAUGUUUAACUUUGUUAACUAAUUUCCGCAGACAAACACUCAGAAAACUGUGAAGUGUCUAGUGGAGAACUCCCUAAGUACGAUCUUUUAUUUAUCCAACUUUUUUUGCAGAAGUUUGUGACUACGUUAGGGAAGAUCCGGUUGUACUUGCUCGAGGAGGCUUUGUCACCGUCUGUGGACUCGGAGGUCUCGUCCUGGGCAGCAAAGGUAUUUUUCCGCUUGUUUUUAUUGCCUGAAGGUGGAGUACUUCGUCAGGCUGUGUACGGCACCCUUAGUACCGGUGUAGGAUUUACAGUUUGUUACCCUUCCGUCGUGUCAUCCGCCACAAAACGCGCAUGGGAUUCGGGCACUAGUAGGCUUUCAGAAGCCAUAAAAGAAUUCAAGGACAAGUAGGAAGGUGAGUUGAUUUCUUUUAUCGUGCACAAGCACUCCUAGUCGCAGAAAUUCUGGCAGUCUUAGCAUUCAGAUCCACUUUGCCAGGGAUUCCAUUCUUAUAUGCUUCUACGCUCCUUGGCAUAUGGCCCGACCCUGGUAAAAGUAUAGCUGUUUUUACUUUGUCUUUCUUGAUUCCGAUUCAUUUAAACGUCUGGUUUAACGGUUCUGACUAAGCACGUUCAGCCCUACUUCGAUGAGCUUGCAUCCACAGAAUUUAUGAUGUGAAAUUUUCCUGGCUAUUUGGGUACUGUAAUGGUAUUCGAUGUCGGCAGAUGACAUAAAAGUGAUCUUUGAAUCAACAAAAACAUCUACUUUAAAUAGGGUAGCAGUAUGAGCUGUGAUUAGUCUUGGAUGCAGCGGCCCCUUGCCACUAGUUCUUUUUUCGAAUCCAUCGCCGCGCGCCAAAACACCAGUAUCAAGAGCCCUAAUCAAUACUAAACAGGUCCACAUCAUCUGUCAUUUAUCUCGCCUAUUUUUGCAUUGUUUGUGAUAUCACCGUAUAAAAAAGUGGAUGAAGCAUUCGGUUUACCAGCUGCGUCACCUUGAUCGAAGCGCACCGCUCCAAUCUGCCAACUAUUUUAGGUCUCUGUCAACCAAUAUUCUGUUGCUGAAUAUGUCUUACUUGCCUGACUUCUAGUUAGAUUAUGUGCACUAUAAACGGUUAUUUCCCACCGAACGGAACUGUCAACAGCUUCCCGUCUAUCAGACAUCUUUAAUCACACUAUCUCAUGAUACUUCAGCACAUUUCCGAAUAUAACAAAUAUGACGCGCUAAAAGUCUUCGUUAGGGUGAUUGCUAACUUAAUGCUCCUGAAGACUCCGGAUAACAUUGUACCCGUCUCUGUCUAACCCUGCAAUAUCAACUCAGAGUUGUGGCCUUGUAUGCGGUUGGUGAUCCAAUUUGCUGCCUGGGCACAGUCUUACUGCCUCAUCCCCACCAUCAACGCCAAUCAUGCAAGAGAAUGUUUGGCAGAUUAUGCCCGCGGAAACUACUGACCAGAGCCAGCCAAUCACAAAACUGGCCGUAUGGGUCAGCCAUGGGCGAGCGUGAUGUUAACAAGGAGUAAAGGUCAAACUGAAAUGACUCCUUGAUGUAUCCUUCGACUUUUUCAAUGAGAGAUUCGAGACACUUUGUUGCCUGUUGUGUGUGCAUAUGGAGGUCAGCACACGGCAGUCAAUGUGUCCACACUCAUCUCCUUGACUGUCUUAUCAAUAGAACAGGGUAGGUAUGGGAAGAGAGCCAGUGUGUGUAGUACUUCGGUGUUUGCUUGUUUGAUUCACACGCAGGUCAUCACUGCGGCCUCGGGACAAUGGCGAUGCUUGCCAGCUAUGAUGGCCGAACUAUCAAUUUGCGCUGCAGACAUUUGUAAUAGUGUGAAUAAGCCUCAGUAAUUCACACACUAAUAGGCAGAACACUUGACACAAGUUAAAGGUAGUCGGGCUAUACACCUCGCAUUUUUCAUCGCAGCCUGUCAUUUUACUUGUGUGCAAUUUUCUUUUAGGUUCCCUUACGGCCACAGUCCUUUCCUGGCCCAUCAAGGACUGAUUGUCGUGGACUAG